CCAUGUUGGCUAUAAUUUAUUGAUUGCCUGAGAGAGCCUGAGCAAGACGGAUGCGACAAAAAUAGCAGCAUGGCACCCUUGUUGAAAGCAACGCCCUACGACGGGGUGAGGUCCAUUGAUUUCUUCUCCGAUGAUGAUACCUUUGGAAAAUCAGUUCCGAACUACCAAGUGCGUGCUAAUUACAGUAGCACUGGUCUUCAAAACAUGAAUCACGGCAACAAUAGAGUACCACAAUUUCCGGCCCUGUUUGGUGGUGGAUCUCGCAUCCUGGUCUAUCUCCUGUCUCGCGACGGACCCAACUCUUUUGACCGGGGCACUGGAAAAUAGGGAAGCUGGUCGCUAAGGGGGGCUCAAUUUUCGUAAAUGUUCAGUCUGCUUGGCAUUAUACCGGUAGUAGUUCGCUUCGCGGGAUGUCACUCUCCUCCUCCCGCACUUUACUCUUCAUCCCCUCUCCUUAACAUCGGAAGCAGUCGUCCGAUGACAUCUCUUGUUCGAGUUUGGGUUGCAAUCACCUGAUUCAUCACAGUCGCUCUUUUCUCUUUGUGAUCGAUCUUUUACUUUCAUUUACCUAGCAGCACCGCGGUAUCGAAUGGAACAGUAGUUCUCAACGUAACGGCUACACGCCCUCGAUUCUUCUCACACUCAUUUUUACCAUUUAUAUGCGAUAAACUCUACUCUGACCUUAAACUUCGACAACGACGCUCUUUAUAAACAUAGCAAUCAUGAAGCUAUUCAAUACCUCAGUAAUUGCCUUAACGCUAGGCUUCUUUAGCGAUGCAGCCCUCGGUAUCCAAAUCAACAUAAAGGACGACAAGUCCGUGAAGGACGCAGCCAGCGUAAUCACCUACGGUUUGCUGAAAUACUAUACCGGGAAUCAUACAGGCGAUACUCCGGGCAACUUACCCGAUCCGUACUACUGGUGGGAGGCCGGAGCCAUGUUUGGCACGCUCAUUGACUAUUGGGCACUGACUGGUGACACUUCAAACAACGAUGCCAUCAUGCAGGCCAUGGUGCAUCAAGCCGCUCCCAAGGGCGACUACAUGCCAGAAAACCAAACAAGAACUCUGGGAAAUGAUGAUCAAGGAUUUUGGGCGCUCGCGGCUAUGAGUGCUGCCGAGAACGUCUUUCCAAACCCGCCAAAGGACAAGGUCCAGUGGCUGGCGGCUACCCAAGCCGUAUUCAACGAAUACGUCUCAAGAUGGAACGAUCAAGAGUGUGGAGGCGGUCUUCGAUGGCAGGUGUUCAACUUCAACGUCGGAUGGAACUAUAAAAACACAAUCUCAAACGGCUGCUUCUUCAACAUCGCCGCCCGGCUGGCCCGGUAUACCGGCGACAAGGAGUACGCGAACUGGGCAGGCAAGAUUUUCGACUGGGUGCUCAAGGUUGGCUUAAUUACGAGCAAAAACGAAGUGCUUGACGGUAUCGACUUUGACGUGAAGCAGCAAGCAUGUACCAAAAUCGAUACUAUUCAGUGGUCGUACAAUGUGGGAAUCUACAUGCAUGGCGCUGCGGCGAUGUACAAUCUGACCAACGACGACAAGUGGAAGACUCGUGUUGACGGCUUCUUGAAACAAGUGCAAGGCAAGUUUCUGAAAGACAACGUGCUGUACGAACAGCUUUGCGAACCAUACAAAACCUGCAACAACGAUCAGUCGAGUUUCAAGGGAUACCUUGCCCGCUUUUUGGCUUCUACAUCACGACUCGCCCCUCAUACAGCGACGGAUAUCCAAAAGAUCUUGUCCGACAGCGGCGUUGCAGCCGCAGCUGCAUGCUCCGGACCAGCGUCUGCGGCGUUCAAGGGCAUUGACGGUACUGGCUGCGGCUUCAAAUGGGUUCCGACAGGAUAUGACGGGACGAACGGCGUCGGCCAUCAGAUGAAUGCUCUGUCUGCCGUCAUGUACAACUUGGCGCGAAACUGGAAGGGUCCUGUGACGGGCAACAGUGGUGGUAACUCGAAAGGCGACAAGACUGGCGGUAUUUCAGAAGAGGACCGUCUCAAGGCCAGAAUCAAGCCCAUCACAACGGCAGACAAGGCUGGUGCUGGUAUCCUAACAGCCAUUAUUCUUGCGAUGCUCGGCGGCUUCGUCUUCUUCCUGGCCAGCGACAACUUCUAAGCAGUAAGAACUAGCACUACUUAAAUUUUCUUUUCAUCUUGCUUUAUAUGGGUUAUACGGAGUAAUUGGGCUAUUUUACACAAUACAAAAGUUAGUGCUUGGCCAAAUAAACAGAAUUGGCUUUCUCUCACAUACG